GCUCUAUUGAGGAAGCUUCGCCGAAAAAGGGCAAGGAAAACAUAUGGAUUGAAGGGCGAAUAUUACCCCUUCAGUCGCACCUUCGCGGGAAAUGAACUCGAGCUUUCUGCCCUGUCUAUUCUCGGAUUACCCAGCGCCAUCGAGGAAGCUUCUCGGAAAAACGCCAACGCGCGGUAUAGAAAAGAAGCAAAAACUUGAGCUAGGGAGGAGAGGAUUUUUUUGUUCGGAGGAGGCUGGAGAUUUCAGGUGAUUCUGGGUUUUUUAAGUAACUUUCAAUUUCAAUAAAUAUCUCGAAUUUUCAGUCUGUUCUUAGAUUUUCAAUUUUUUUUGGUCUAAGACAGUCUGUUCUUACCUCAAACCAACAUAGAUCUUGGGUUCUUGACGCUCUGUACGCGAAGAUUUCGAUUUUUUCACCUCAUCAUUUGGAUUUGUCAAUACAUACAACAUGGGAGAACUAGUUAAACGGCUGGAGGUGGACGUGCAUUGAAUAAGUAGGUAUCUGAAUCAUUUUCUUAUAUCUUAACAUUUUUUGCUAAAAAAAUUAGAUGUGUUUCUUUCUGAAAGCUUACCUUAACUUUUUAUCCUUAGCAAUUCAUGGUAUAUCUAAUUGUCAACAAAUUAAAUUUCUAUAUACUGUAUCAGGGGAUGGCGCAAAUGAAUAACACUAUCCAGAUUCGUAUAGAUGGCUGGAUACAGGGCCUUCCUGCUGGAACUUCGUGGCCUAAAAUUUUUCGAGUGCCUCAUUAUUUACGAAAGCUCAAUGAAGAAGCCUAUGAACCUACAAUCAUAUCUAUUGGCCCUUAUCAUCGUCAGAAAGAUCAUUUAAAAGCAAUGGAAACACACAAGGUGCGUUUUCUAAAAGAUCUUCUUCAACGAAGAAAUGAGAAUAGUACUCAAAGAUAUGUGGAGGCCAUGACAGGCAUGAUGGAAAGUGCUGUUAACUGUUAUUCGGAAUCUUUGGGCAUUUCUCAUGAAGAAUUUAUAGAAAUGAUGGUUAUUGAUGGAUGUUUUAUUGUCGAGCUAAUUCACAAGAUAAAAGAGGGAAGUUGGCAGCAGGAUUCUAUCUUAAAUGUGAGUCAGAUUUUCACAAACAUUGUGAAAGAUUUGAUACUAGUUGAGAAUCAACUUCCCUUUUUUGUACUAUGGGAGUUUCUAGGCAACGCCUUUGAAGAUCGAUUCCAUUGCAUUGGUAUCAUUAUUAGGUUUUUUGAAGUAAUGAUGCCAGGGCUCACGGUUCAUCUAACCUAUGAUGAAAAUUCAAUAAAAAAGGUCAAGCAUCUACUAGACUUGCUACGCACCAAUUGGAUUCCUUCAGAUGAUACCAUGCAUGAAUACACGAAUGUGCAAGAAAUGAAGUUCAUACGUUCUGCUACAGAACUAAGGGAGGCAGGAAUUGAGUUCAGAAGGGGUAAGGGACGCAACUUGUUUGAUAUAAAGUUUGAAAAUGGGACACUUUACAUUCCAGCUUUGAAUCUUGAAGAUCAUACUGAGAGAUUGUAUUGCAAUAUCGUUGCCUGUGAACAGUUUGCUGAUGAUGGAUCUCCAAAAUACUUGAGCGAAUAUAUAACAGUCAUGUAUUGUCUCAUUGAUACAGGAAACGAUGUGGAGUUACUUUUUCACAAAGGGAUAAUGCAUCACUGGUUAGGCACUGACGAAGCAGCUGCCAAGAUAUUUAAUAGGCUUGGAACUGAAGUCAUCGUCGACAGAAGUAACUUCUUUUAUGCCAAAUUAUUUAAUGAUGUCAACAGACAUUACUACAAACCUUGGAACAAAAGGGUGGCAAGCUUAAGGCACAAUUAUUUCAACACUCCAUGGGCCUUGAUCUCCUUUCUUGCAGCAUCUUUCUUGCUUCUACUUACCCUACUUCAAACAACAUUCACAGUUUUCCCUUGGUCUUGAAAGUGCCUCAAACCUUUAGUAUGGAGGGAACAACGUCAAUUAGCAGAUAGCAUCGAGGUGUGUGAGAAGUGCAGGGGGUUAGGGUGCAUGCAUAGACUAGUUUGAAAUGUUUUCAUGUAUAUCCUCUUGCGUCUUGCUUUAGUUAUAAGUGCGUAUCUAUUUUAGUGCCAUGUUUUUCUUUCUCUGUUUGGUUGGGUUUCUUUAGACUUCUAAAUUAUAAUGUCUUUUUUCGGUAUAAAAUCUACUUAAUGAA